AAUGUCACUCCACAUCCGGGUACCCUGCAGGAAUGCAGCAGGUAGUUGAAUACCUGAGGUGGGCGGGGCUUCGCUGCCCUGACAGAGCAACCUUUGAGCCCCGCAGAGGAAGCGGGAGGCGCGCCAUGGCCGCGGACUGCUCCCAGGACGCGCUGCUGCUCUUCCUCCAGAGCUCCGGCGGCUCCGUGAAGAACUCCGACCUGCUGCUGCACUUCCGGGGCUUCAUCCGGGACCACGCGGACCGGGACCGCAACCGGGAGCGCUUCAAGCAAUUCGUGAACUCCGUCGCCACCGUGAGACAGGUCGACGGCGUGUCUCACGUCUUCCUCAGGAAGAAGUUCAAAGCAUACGUCGGUGGCGGGGACCGGGUCUGCGCGGGUCCGAGUCCGCUUCCCGCCGGGAGGAACGCGGAGCCCUCCCCGGCGGGGAACGCUGGGAAAGCUCUGCAGAAACCUCAGCGGAGGGCGGUGACUCCGCCCGCCCCGCCGGGAGACACCGCCGCCAAAACAAUCCUACCUGCGGCUGGGAUCCUGCUCAACAACAACAACAACAACAACAACGGGGCCACCAGUCUGAGACCAGGACGGGUAACAAGUGGACCCCCAUGUAGACCGGCAGCAGCAGCUCAGGGGGUGAGUCAGGUCCCAAAGAAGACCCCCAGACCGCCUGAGCCCCCCGACUUGGAUCAGGGCCCUGGAGGGGGUCAGCACAGGGGGGGCGCUGGUCUGCCCCCGGGGGCCACACCUGGAGAGGUCAGUCGCUAUGGAGAUACCAGACCCCAGGUCCAGGUCCCCGAAGCCCCCAGAAGGGGGGAGACCUGCCUGCAGCCUCAGGGGCCUCCUCUUCAACUGGGACCUCCUCUUCACCAGGGACCUCCAAUUCAACUGGGACCUCCUCUUCAUCAGGGGCCUCCUCUUCACCAGGGACCUCCUCUUCAACUGGGACCUCCUCUUCAUCAGGGGCCUCCUCUUCAUCACUUCAUCGAUCUUGAGCCGCCGCGGCGCUUCAGGCACCGGCCGAGCUACAAGUCUGCCGUCUCUUAUGAUGAAGAUGGGGAGGAGGAGGAGGAGGUCCAGAGGAGGCCGGAUCCAGCAGGGCGGGCCUUCUCCGCCUCCUCGGCGCCUGUCGUAGAUCCACAUGUACCAAAGAUUUUUGUUCAGGAUUGGGAAACGGUGCCCCCUGGUGGGCGGGGCCAGAGCUCUCAGUCAGUGGCGGCGCUGAGGGGCCGGUGGGCCGGUCCAGGUCUGGAACCCGGGUCGCGUCCAGCGGAGUCCACCCGGCGCAGCCUUCCCCUGGAGGCGGAGCAUCGGGAGGCGGGGCCUCGCGACGACGCCCACGCAGAUCGCCGGUACUCUCAUCCUGCAGGAGUCCAGUCGGGUCCAGACCGGGGGGGGUGGCCGUCCUCCAGCCACAGCUUCCUCUCCAGUGAGCGGCCCGGCUCCCCCGGAGGCCCGGGACGGAACUGCAACUCUGAAGACCUGCAGGCCAGAGCCGUGGGGGCGGAGGGCGGGUCUCAGAUCCAGGACGCCAUCCAGCGAGCUCAAAGGAUGAAGUCGGAGAAGCAAGAUGACCACGGUGACCAUGACGACCAGGAGGCCACGGGCCGUCUCCACGGCGACCAGUACUCCACGGUGCCGUGGCACCUCUCCACAGGUGAUCUCCACGACCGGGAGGGGGCAGAGUCGAGCGAGGGCUCCACCUCCUCGCUGCCGAGGCCUCGCCCGGCCGCAGCCCGGCGGCUCAGCAGCCGCUUGAGGAGCCGGAUGUGCCGCAGCCUGGGAACCGACCUGGACCAGCUCCUCCAGGAGGAGGCGCGGGCCGGUGGGGGCAGCGAGGCGGCGAGGCUAAACCGCCUGCACCUGAUCUCCUCGUCGCUCAGCCUGCGCUACUACCUGUCCUCGUCCUCGCUGUCCUCCUGCUCCACGCCGCCUCGCUGCCACAGCCUCGCCGACCUGGACGAGGGGGCGGAGGGGAGACCGGGGAGGAGGAGCUCCCCCCUCUCCUCCCCCACCUCCCCCCCUGCUCCACACGAGGGCUCCAGUCGACAGUCCCUGGUCCCCCUGGAGCCCCGGGAGCACGCCUGGCUGGUCAAGGGGGCGUCGGCGGCCUGGCCCGACAUCUACACGCUGUUCAGAGAGGACUCGUCUCUGCUCAACAGGCCGGACUUCAUCUCCGGCUUCACCGUGCUGCACUGGAUCGCCAAGCACGGAGACCACCGCGUGCUCAACACCUUGUGGUACGGAGUUCAGAAAGCUGGUUUGAGCUUCGACAUGAACGCCAAGUCUUCGUGCGGCCACACGCCGCUGCACCUCGCCGCCAUCCACGCCAACAACAACGUCACGCGGCUGCUGGUGACCAAGUUCAACGCGGACGUGAAGCUGCGGGACACGGCAGGAAAGAAGGCGUGGCAGUACCUGAGCGCCGCCGCGCCGACGGACAUCCUCCAGCUGCUGGGAGCGCCGCCGCGUGCUGCCGGCGGCGGGCAGGCAGCACGCGGCGGAGAGACCCCCGGUGGACCGAACCUGGGCCAGUCGCCACGCCAGCAGCACCGGCGCCGCCGCCGCCAUCAUCUCUCCUUUGCUUCCUCGGGGGAGAAGCCGCUGACCAUGACGGGCACCCAGAGGGUCAAGAGGUCGUCGUCCAUCGCCGCGUUCCUCAAACACAAGUCGCUGCACCGCUUCCACGGACACCAGUCGGACUCGUCGGUCUGAGACUCUCUGAAGCCGGAGAGGUUUCCGACUGCCGGCCUGGAGGUUCACCUGGAGGUUCACCUGGAGGCCAAACUACCGCCGCGUUGAGAGGGACUGGCUUGUUGAGGGUUCAUGUAGGACUGUAGUCCGGAUCAAGGGGGACACCCUCUGCCCCGGCCUCAUUGAGGACAGUCAGGAACAAUACCCCGCGUCGCCAUGGUUACCCAACGAUUUGGCUAAAUGUAAACAACCUAUUCUAAGACGUCUGGCUUUUGAGUUUUGUAAGUUUGACCCGACUACGAGACGCCUUCAGUUAGAGGAAACCUCUCAGACGGGUCCAGGUUCUGACCCGCCCAUGACCCCUAGAUCAAUCGGCAUGCUAUGUGCUACAUGCUAUGUUCUGCAUGCUGCGUGCUACAUGCUGUGUGCUGCAUGCUACAUGCUGUAUGCUACAUACUAUGUGCUGCAUGCUUCGUGCUGCAUGCUACGUGCUACAUGCUACAGUACGGUACAGUAGGCGUAGCCGUUCACCACAGGCUGUCCGUAUUAAAGUGGAACAGGUUCUGCAGGAUCCUGGUCUGACUGUUCAGGUUUGAGCACGUUUGUUUUGUGAUGAAACUCGGUCUGAGUUGACCGGGAUCCGGCCUCACUGAACACGGCGGCUCCUCCCUCACGUCAGACUCUGUUUCUCAUGCUUCGUUCCUGUCGUGGAUUAGCAGCCGUCACGUUGUCUUAGCUUAACUGAAACAACUGGCUCCUCCCCUUUAGCCCAAAAGUCUUGAGCUCAGGACGAAUACCUGAACACCAGGGAACUGGUUCCUGUGCCAGAGCCUCCGGUUUCACGGGAUGCCAAACAGAGAAUGUGAGUGAAGCUGGUGGUCCUCUCCUUCUGGGGCCCUGACGCUGCGUUCUGCUUGUCAUGAUUGCUCUGGCGUUUCCUGUACUUUACUGUUUCUCCUGUAUUGUUACACCACUGUAUUAAACAUGUUCACAGCU